AUGGCGUCAGAGGCGUGUAAAGAGAAAACUUCCUCUGUGCUCCCCCACAUGACAUCUUCUUCAGGCCUUCCGAUGUCAAGUCCAAGGCAGCAGAGUAAGAGUUUGUUGGUGGCUCAAGCCACUCUAAGAAUCUCAGCCAUCGUCUUCACAUUGAUCGCAAUCUCCGUUAUCGUCACUAACACUCAAUCUGUCAUUGUUUUUGGGUUCAAGUUCGAAGCACAUUAUACCUACUCAACUGCCUUCAAGUUCUUGGUUGGUGCUAAUGCUGUGGUGUGUGCCUUCUCUGCACUGUCAUUGAUCUUCUUAUCCUUAUUCUUAAGCCGUUCAGUGCCACAACAGCAGCAGCAGCUCAAAAACUAUUUCUUUCUCUUGGUGCAUGACGUGGUGAUGACGGUGUUGAUAAUAUCUGGAUGUGCAGCUGCAACUGCAAUCGGUUACGUGGGGCGCUAUGGAGAGAAAAAAAUGACUUGGCAGCCUACAUGCGGCUAUGUCUCCAAGUACUGCAACAGAAUGUCCAUCUCUCUUGCCUUCUCCUAUUUGGCUUUCUUUGCCUACUUGCUUCUCACUUUCACCUCUGCCCUCACUCUCAUGUCUCGCCCUACUACUCAAUGA